AUGGCCUUCAUGGAGAAGCCGCCGGCCGGCAAGGUGCUGCUGGACGACACGGUGCCGCUGACAGCAGCCAUCGAGGCGAGCCAGAGCCUGCAGUCCCACACGGAGUAUAUCAUUCGGGUUCAAAGAGGAAUUUCUGUAGAAAACAGCUGGCAGAUUAUUAGGAGAUACAGUGAUUUUGAUUUGCUGAACAACAGCCUGCAGAUUGCAGGCCUAAGUCUACCUCUUCCUCCCAAGAAAUUGAUUGGUAACAUGGACCGUGAAUUCAUAGCCGAGAGGCAGAAAGGUCUCCAGAACUAUCUCAACGUUAUCACCACAAAUCACAUCUUGUCUAAUUGUGAGCUGGUUAAGAAAUUUUUAGAUCCAAACAACUAUUCCGCAAACUACACUGAGAUUGCCUUACAACAUGUUUCCAUGUUUUUCCGAUCCGAACCAAAGUGGGAGGUAGUGGAACCAUUGAAAGACAUAGGUUGGAGGAUAAGGAAGAAAUAUUUCUUGAUGAAGAUUAAAAAUCAGCCAAAGGAACGGCUCGUGUUAAGCUGGGCUGACCUUGGCCCUGACAAGUAUCUGUCAGAUAAAGAUCUUCAGUGUCUCAUCAAGCUUCUGCCUUCCUGUUUGCACCCUUACAUCUAUCGGGUCACCUUUGCCACAGCUAACGAGUCCUCAGCAUUGCUUAUUAGGAUGUUUAAUGAAAAAGGCACUCUGAAGGACCUGAUCUACAAGUCAAAACCAAAAGACCCCUUCCUAAAAAAGUACUGCAACCCUAAGAAGAUUCAAGGCCUGGAACUCCAGCAAAUAAAAACAUAUGGGCGGCAAAUAUUAGAGGUGCUCAAGUUCCUACAUGACAAGGGAUUCCCUUAUGGGCACCUCCACGCCUCCAAUGUGAUGCUGGAUGGGGACACGUGCCGGCUGCUGGACCUGGAGAAUUCCUUAUUGGGCCUUCCCUCCUUCUACCGAUCUUACUUCUCACAAUUCCGGAAAAUCAAUACGUUGGAGAGUGUGGAUGUCCACUGCUUCGGCCACUUACUGUAUGAAAUGACCUACGGACGGCCCCCGGACACGGUGCCUGUGGACUCCUUCCCUCCCGCUCCGUCUAUGGCUGUGGUGGCCGUGUUGGAGUCUACGCUGUCUUGUGAAGCCUGUAAAAAUGGCAUGCCUACCGUCUCCCGGCUCUUGCAGAUGCCAUUAUUCAGUGAUGUUUUCCUAACCACUUCUGAAAAGCCACAGUUUAAGAUCCCUACAAAGUUAAAAGAGGCAUUGAGAAUUGCCAAAGAAUGUAUAGAAAAGAGACUAAUUGAAGAACAGAAACAGAUUCACCAGCAUCGAAGACUGACAAGAGCUCAGUCACACCAUGGAUCUGAAGAAGAAAGAAAGAAGAGGAAGAUUUUAGCUCGAAAGAAGUCAAAACGAUCUGCCAUUGAAAAUAGUGAAGAACAUUCAGCAAAAUAUAGCAACUCCAAUAAUUCAGCAGGAUCUGGGGCCAGCUCACCUCUCACAUCUCCGUCCUCGCCGACUCCACCCUCUACAGCAGGGAUUUCCACAUUACCUCCACCUCCUCCACCUCCGCCUCCACCACCAGCAGCUCCUUUGCCUCCUUCGAGCACAGAGGUAGCCACACAGCCGCAGCCCCAGGCUGUGAAUGGCAUGAGCCGAGGGGCCUUACUGAGCUCCAUCCAGAAUUUCCAAAAAGGAACUCUGAGGAAAGCCGAAACCUGUGAUCAUAGUGCUCCUAAGAUCGGCUAA